UGGAGGUGGGGCUGUUCACUGCUCCUUCUGCCUGUUUUGCUGCGUAAUAUCCAAUAGGAAAAUGUGUUGUGUAAUGUAGGUUGGAUGGUACGGGAGUGAGUGGACCAUCUUGUCACUGAAACACAGGAGACGGUUACACAGCGGUGGUGCGAACAGUAGCAAGAGCUGUCGUAAUACCAAGAGGCGCACAAAGGACGUUUUUACAAAUAUGGCAUCCAAGUGUCCCAAGUGUGAUAAAACUGUGUACUUUGCUGAGAAAGUGACCUCAUUAGGAAAGGAUUGGCAUAAAUUUUGUCUGAAGUGUGAACGCUGUAAUAAAACUCUUAAUCCUGGAGGACAUGCUGAGCACGAUGGUAAGCCAUACUGCCACAAACCAUGCUAUGCCACCCUGUAUGGACCAAAAGGAGUUAACAUAGGGGGAGCUGGAUCUUACAUCUAUGAGAGGAAACCUAGUGAAGAGAAGCCUACUUCUCUGACAAAAGCAGCUCCAAAACCAGAAGAGAAGAUGACUAGCGGCCCAACUAAGAGCCUCACUAAAGCUACCAGCAUUACAACCUUUACUGGAGAACCCAACUUAUGCCCUCGUUGUGGGAAGAAAGUAUAUUUUGCUGAGAAGGUGACCUCCCUUGGCAAGGACUGGCAUCGACCUUGCCUGCGCUGUGAACGUUGUUCAAAGACCCUUACACCUGGAGGUCAUGCUGAACACGAUGGACAGCCUUACUGCCAUAAGCCCUGUUAUGGAAUCCUUUUUGGACCUAAAGGUGUUAACACAGGAUGUGUUGGAAGCUAUAUCUAUGACAAAGAUCCGGAGGGUAAAGCUCAGCCUUGAGAAGUAGCAGAUAUUUCCUGCAGUUUCAAGAGAUCACUUUUUCUGUUACUCACAAUGUUCAUGUUGUUCCUAGAUUUCACUAAACCAUUACUUAGAGAUAAUGUAGGUUUGAUUACCAGUUCUAAGUUUAACAGUUAAUAUGUCUGUUUUCUGAUAUUUCUUUUCUGUAUAUUGUAGACAUUGUUAAAUGACUGGAACUAAAAAUAAGUGCUAUGUUUAAGAUUUUAAUUAUUAUGUAUCUUGCUGGUAAAUUACUGAUUAGGUGAAUAGUAUUCAUAAAACACCAGUUAUAAAUCAUAGUUGAAAUCUUUGACUGUUUAAAAAACAGGUCAUGUUUUUUAUUUUCUGUUACCCAAUAUGAAAGUAAGCAUAUCCCUGUACACACAGCAAAAUGUGUUUUUACUCCAGCUUUUACAUUUUUAGUAAACCACAUGCUCCCUAGUGUUAUUUGAUAUUCUGAGCUCUCUGUUACAAAAGCAUGAUAGGGAUUGAGAGCACAUACCGUCACAGAUCCUGCUUACAUAGGAAGAAUUUUAUAUUGAUUGAGUACUGCAUUUUAAUAUGGGUAAAAACCUUUAAUUUGUGAUUAAAAAAAUCCUGAGUCGAAUGUUCCCAGUUUAUUGUUAUUUGCGAACAUGUUAUUAAAAGUUUUGAUUUUAGUGUAAA